AUGAAGCCGCUCCCCGGUGUGACCGGGCGGGUCGGGACGGGUGGCCCCGGGCUGGGAUUCCCGGUAUUCCCGGUAUUCCCGGCAUUCCCAACGUUCCCCGUGUCCCCCCGGCCCCGGCGGAAGCGGAAGCGGCGCCCGGCCGUUUUCCCGUGUCGGGCGCGGUGGCCCUUGGAGGGCGGAACAUGGCGCUGGCGGCUGCUGCGGCCCCGCGGGGCGGCCGCCGCGCCGCCCGCCACGGAACUGUUUCUCCUUGCAGGCGGUUCCAAGGCUGCAUCCUUGCACUGGACAGGGGAGAGAGCUGUCAGUGUGCUCCUGCUGGGGCUCCUCCCUGCAGCCUACCUGUGCCCAGGACCCGCCGUGGACUAUUCCCUGGCUGCUGCCCUCACCCUCCACGGCCACUGGGGUCUUGGCCAGGUAAUCACUGAUUAUGUCCACGGAGACACAGCCAUUAAAGUGGCCAACACGGGGCUGUACGUGCUGUCGGCCGCCACCUUCGCCGGCCUCUGCUACUUUAACUACCACGACGUGGGGAUCUGCAAGGCUGUGGCCAUGCUCUGGAGCCUCUGAGGUGCCACCAGAGCCCCUGACACACACGAUUGUUGUUCUCUGCUGCCUCUGCUUCAUCGUAUUUUUACCACCAUUUAACGCGAAACGAGUGCAAAGCCAAGGGUCCGUAGUGGGAACGUCCUGCAGGGAGCUCAGAGCCCUCUAGAAUUAAACACCCAACAGCAGCGAAGAUGUUGGAGAAGAAACAGUAGAUUUAAGCUGGAUAAUGUCCAUCAGAGCCAGGUGCUUUAAGCUGUGCUGUAAAUUGGCAUGAAUUAAUUACACCAGCGAGGUGGUUUAAGCUGCGCUGUAAAUUGGGAUGAAUUAAUUACAUCGGUGACAGGCUUGCAACUGUCCUUGUAAUGAGAGCUCUGGUGGGUGUUUUUUAACUGUUGUUUGGUUUCCUGUUUUGUAAAACUUGUGGAAAAUUGAACUGCUUCUUCUGGCAUCACAACAACUGGCCUGUAUGCAAGGCAGACCCUGUAACUCUUUGGACCCUGAGAGUUGGUGUAGAAAAGGGAAUACUUUUUUCUUAAUCCAUGCAAUAAAGAAUUUACAGAAA